AUGCCUCUGCGCGCUGCCAGUGUCGUGUCCUGGCACUCGUACUGGACAGAGUUCCGUGUCCGCUUGCAGAAGGACGAUUCUGAUGACAAGGUUAUCAUCGAUCGGCAGCUUCUGACCAAGGAGCUUUCAACUGCUGUUCAAAAGCAAAGGCGUGGCGAAGCUAGGCAGCUUUCCAGCGUGCGCUUCCACGUGACGGCACACAGCCGCCGACAGCAGGCAAGCGACAAACGGAAGCGCAUCAAGGUGGUUCGAAGGCAAGCUGACCUGCUGCCGGCUGUUGUGAUGAAGCCUGUUGGCUCACCGACCUUGCCCCGAUACACACUCAUUUUCUUGCACGGCAUGGGUGAAGUGGCGAUGAGAUACGCUGACAGGCCCCAUUACUUUCACGACGGAAGUGCGGCCAUCAAGGUGAUCAUCCCCACUGCACCUCUCCGUGAGGUCAGCUGUUUCGACACGUGGUGGUCAAAGGUCAAGAGCAGAGAUGCUAAGGGAGGGCGGUGGAGACUGGAGAAGUUCAACUCUUGGUAUGACUACAUCAGCAAUCGCGGUGGUCGGAAAGAGGAUGCCAUUGACAUCGACUCCCUGCAUCGAAUGCAGCAGUCGCUUCAUGAAAUCAUUGCCCGUGAGGCUGAGGAGCUGGGAGGACGCAGCGAGCGGAUCAUCCUGGGCGGGAAGUCCCAGGGGUGCGUGACCGCUCUGGAUGCGGCGCUCACCUACCCGAAGAGGCUUGGAGGCUUCAUUGGGUUGGUGGGGCAUCUGCUCUCCUGCACUCCUGUUGAAGAAGACGGGCCACAGAUCAACACGCCGCUGCAUUUCUACCAUGAGGUGGAGGACGACAUCAUGCAGUGGCACUGGGUGUCCAAGAUGGAGCGACGGCUGCGAAGCUCCAACUACAACGUUCGCUCCUUCCGAGGCAAAGAUCCUGAGGGCAACGGUCACUUUGUGGGAGGCGUGGAAGGCGCCUGGAUCAGGAAGUCGCUGAGGAUGAUUUGUGACUCACGAAGCGGCUAG